AAAGAAAAACAAACCACAGUUUGAGCAGUGGCGGCUGUUUUCUUUCUCUUUUUUUUUUUUACUAUACAGAAUUCUACCUGACAACAGCGAUUGACUUAAUUCUGAUUGGGGCUUGUUUGUUUCUUCCUCCCAACAAGGGAUGUAAAGCCCCUUCGCGCCUCCUUUGAUGGCUGGUUUGAUCUCACACAGUCACGUGAGCCACGACAGGAGUGGAAUCUCGAAUUCAGUGCUUUUUUUGUCACCGAUUAUAACUUGAUUUUCCGUGCCCUUUCAAAUGUCCGACGACAGAGGUCGAGGGGUCAAAAUGAUGAACUCUGAAUUGCCGUCGGAGCGCGUCGCGAGGGCGAGUCUGCAGAGGCGUCGCAACACCGAGGCCGAGAGACGAGGGAGGAUCUUUAAUGACAAAGUCCGGACCAUCGGGCUUGACCUGGAAGGUCUGGACACGCAGGUGAAGCAGAGGAAGAGACUAGAAGAGGCAGAGGAGGAGAAACAAAAAGCAUGCGAUGCUGAAAUGCUCCAUAAUAGCAAAGUGGCCUGCAUUCUCCACAACAGAGAAGUGAAGAAGAGGCGCGCCACGGAAACGGCCAUCGCCAACUUCCGGCAUCAGUACCAGCAGCCCUGCAGCCAGCGGGACUUUGACCUGAACGACCCGGACCGCUUUAAAAAGACAUCGGUGGAGGACGCGCAGAUGAUGCCCCCCGGUCUGGUGGGCGAGGACCCGGAGAGCAAGAACAGACUGCUGCGGCAGAGGGAGCAGCUCCGAGAGUGGCUCGUCGAGCAGCAGGGCGAGCAGGCGGCGGACAGGCGUCAGCGGAUGCUGGAGGAGCAGCGCGCCGAACGAAUCAGAGCUGAGAUGGACGACCUGGCUCAGCACCUGCAGAGCCUCGAGAUGGAGAGGAGGAGGACAGAAGCCGUCGCCACCAAGGAGUUCAAUCUGGCCAAGAUUGAAGAGAAGCGCCGCCGGGAGCAGGAAUGUAAUGCCCACAACGGCGCAGACGCCACAAACCAACAGCUGACAGGCGGGUAUGUCAAACCCACACUGGGCCUGGUGGGGCCGCCUGGUCUUUGUCCCAGCUGUGACAGGAGAGACCCUCCAGAAGACCUGCAGCAGGUCAUCCAGUUCCAGAAAUAUCAAAUAGAGGAGAAAAAGAGGAUAGAAUUCGAGAAGAAGCGGGAGGAGGAGCGACACGACCGCGUCCUCGUGGACUCGGCUCGCGCGGCUCUGCUGCUCGAGAGGCAGCAGGCGAAGCUCAACAGGCAGCUGAGGCGACAGCUGGACAGCACCAACGUCGGACUGGCCGAAGCACACAAACGACAGGAAUCGGCCAGUGAGAGAGGACGCAUCGACGACAGCUUCUUCUCCAACUUCAACACCUGCAGCAGAUGACGGACGACGCGCGGCACGGAUCAGUCCCCUCAGUUCAGAGGAUAAGUGUCUGGAGAUGGUGCGACGUGAUGAGCACCAGAAACUGGCACACACACACACACACAGAGUCAACAAACAGCUGUUUUAAUGGGGUCAACAUUGAACAGUUCACAGCAUUUUAACGCCUGAAUGACGACGACGUUCAUUAUCUUUGCUAUUCCUACGAAAAUAUUGUUUUAUUUGGGGAGUUUUUCUGUUCUUCAGAAUUUCUUAACAUGUGCUUACAUGGGCGAAAGGUCCUUUAUAUUCCCAUUGCAGCAAAAAAAACCAAAAAAACAGAACAUUUAAGUAAACAAUCUAAAUAUUUAAAAAAAAAUACUGUCAUUACAUGAGUUUUGUCAAAGCCCACAGGAUUUAACACAAUUUCAACACACUCUUAAAAAGCACCAGCAAACCACAACCACACAAAGAGAAAUCAAGCAGCAUUUUUUAGCACCUCAACCAGUUAGCGACGCCGUCUGUCACUGUUACAAAGCAAAGCAACCCUGAAUCUCAAAAGUGCAAAACCCCUUUUUGAAAAUUAAACUUAAUUAAACCAAAUAACACAAUUGAAGCUGUUUCAUAGUCGCAAGUUCAAGUAAUCAUCCUGAAGGUUCACACCAGACAAAUCAUGAUUCAUUUUAUCAUCACAGACCCCUUUUGCUUUUCCAGCUGUAACAUUAAAAUGUCCCAUUUUUGUCCCUCUACCACAAACCCGUGUUCCCCUUAUUCCAAAAGAGCUUUUCUUUCGCAGAGGAAGCAUGGUGUCCUUGGAACACUGAGGACGUCUUAAAAAAAGUUACGCUUUCCUUUCUGAAACGCAUGCUCGGAGACAAACUCGUCCCAUCUUCUCUGCCACAGAGCCAAAGCUUUCUCCUUUUGCACUGGGGUCAAGGAGCUGUACCUGAAAGAUGGGGGACACGUAAGACAGAGGGAGAGGGGUUCAUUGAAUUCAUUGUGAAUUUGUUCAGUUGCUUCUCAGCCGGGAUCCUCACCUGAUAGAGUUUAUGGCCAACUGUUUGAGGGAGCCUACGUUGGACCUGAGUCCACCGAAGCCCACGAAAGCUUCGUAGAAGUCGUAAGAGAGCCCGGAGGCACCGAACAUGGCGGGGUCGUCGGAGCUGAUGACCAUCGGGUGGUUCACUGACAUCAGAGCAGCUGCUGGGUGGUUCCGCAUGUCCUUCACCAACUUCAGCACCUGACCGAGGACAUGAGAGGAGAGAGUUGUCUGUACGCCGAAAGAUAGAUGGUUAACAUUAAAACACUCUAGUAGCUAUAAGUCAUCUUUAGUGUCGAGGAUUGUUCCCGAGAUGACAGAUGGUGUACCUGGUUGGAGAUGGGGCACACUUCCACAGCCACCCCUCUCUUCCUGGACAGAUAUUCGGCCACCGGAUGGCGAGGCAGCGCAAAUCCAUGGCCAAUGCGUGAAGUGUUCAUCAAAAGAGCGUCCAGCAGGUUCUGGUCGACGUCCGUGCCCUCGAGAUCUGAGUUUGGAAGACGGAAAUUUUAAAUUCCUGCAGUUCCUUGGACGUUACAACUCGGAGAUUUGUGUGUCUGGAAUUUAAUCCACUUGGAAAAUAUUUCAUCUCUUUUGUUUUGCAGCAGAAAAUAACAAUAUGCUGUGAAUUAUCUGACAGAUAUGAUGCCUAUUUAUCUAUAACAUUGACUCAGAAAUGUGAAAAUACAUGGACUGCUCUGUUACAUUAUUUUUUCAAGUGCAAGCGUUUCAUUUAUUUGACUGUAAAACUGGGCAUGAUGAUCCUGAAAAACCAAAUGUUUGAUGAAUAAAAAACAUUCCAUCCCGGA